AUGCAGGUCCUGGCUUCUUAUCAUGGAUUCAAUUUGGAUGUGGAGGAGCCCAUGGUCUUCCAAGAGGAUGGAGCCGGCUUUGGGCAGAGCGUGGUCCAGUUUGGCAGAUCUAGUCUCGUGGUGGGAGCCCCCCUGGAGGUGGUCGCAGUCAACAAAACAGGACGUUUGUACGACUGCCUGGCUGCCACCGGCUUGUGUCGGCCCAUCUUGCUGAAUACACCCCCAGAGGCCGUGAACACGUCCUUGGGCCUGUCCCUGGUGGCCUCCACCGAUCUCUCCUGGCUGCUGGCCUGUGGCCCGACCAUGCACAGAGCCUGUGGGGAGAACAUGUAUGCAAAAGGCGCUUGCCUCCUGCUGGGCUCCCACCUGCAGAUCACCUGGACGGUCCCCGCCACCCCAGAGUGUCCACAUCAAGAGAUAGACGUUGUCUUCCUGAGCGGCUCUGGCAGCAUUGACCGAAAUGACUUUAAACGGAUGAAGAACUUUGUCAGAGCUGUGAUGGACCAGUUCAAGGGCACCCACACACUGUUCUUGCUGAUGCAAUACUCAAACCUUCUGAAGACCCACUUCACCUUCAGCCAAUUUCAGACCAGCCGGAGCCCUCAGAGCCUGGUGGAUCCCAUCGUCCAACUGGGUGGCCUGACGUUCACAGCCACAGGCACCCAGACAGUGGUGAAAGAACUAUUUCACAGUAAGAAUGGGGCCCAUAACUUCCAAGACCCCCCGAAAUACAGCGACGUCAUCCCCCAGGCAGACAGAGCCCGCAUCGUCCGCUAUGCUGUUGGGGUGGGAGAUGCUUUCCAGGAUCCCACUGCCAGGACAGAGCUGAACAUCAUUGGCUCAGUGCCUUUGGAGGACCACGUGUUCAAGGUGGACAACUUUGCGGCACUCAGCAACACCCAGAAGCAGCUGCAGGAGAAGAUCUUUGCAGUCGAGGGAACGCAGUCAAAGACAAGUCGCUCCUUCCAGCAUGAGAUGUCUCAAGGAGGCUUCAGUUCCGUCCUCACGACGGAUGGACCAGUUCUGGGGGCUGUGGGGAGCUUCAGCUGGUCUGGAGGUGCCUUCCUGUACCCCGAAAAUGGGAGCCCCACCUUCAUCCACGUGUCUCAGGAGCACACGGACAUGAGUGACUCUUACCUGGGUUACUCCACAGAGCUGGCCGUUUGGAAGGGGGUACACAGCCUGGUCCUGGGGGCCCCCCGCCAUCAGCACACCGGGAAGGUUGUCAUCUUCACGCAGGUGUCCGGGCAAUGGAGGCUGAAGGCUGAAGUCACAGGGACCCAGAUCGGCUCCUACUUCGGGGCCUCCCUCAGCUCCGUGGACGUGGACAGAGAUGGCAGCUCCGACCUGGUCCUCAUCGGGGCCCCCCAUUACUAUGAGCAGAGCCGGGGUGGGCAGGUGUCCGUGUGCGCCUUUCCCCGGGGGAGGGCUAAGUGGCAGUGUGGUGCUGUCCUGCGAGGGGAGCAAGGCCACCCCUGGGGCCGCUUUGGGGCAGCUCUGACGGUGCUGGGGGAUGUGAACGGGGACAGGCUGAUGGACGUGGCCAUCGGGGCCCCGGGAGAGCAGGAGAACCGGGGUGCUGUCUACCUGUUUCACGGAACCUCGGGACUGGGCAUCAGCCCCGCCCACAGCCAGUGGAUUGCAGGCUCCCAGCUCUCCCCUAGGCUCCAGUAUUUCGGGCAUUCACUGAGCGGGGGUCAGGACCUCACCCAGGAUGGACUGGUGGACCUGGCCGUCGGGGCCCAGGGGCACGCGCUGCUGCUCAGGAGCCUGCCGGUGCUGAACGUGGAGGUGGCUAUGAGAUUCAUGCCCCCGGAGGUGACAAAGUCUGUGUACCAGUGCUGGGAAGAGCUGCCCACCGCCCUGGAAGCUGGGAACGCCACAGUCUGUCUCACUAUCCACAAAAGCUCACAGGACCAGCUAGGGGAUUGGAGAUGGAUUAAGACAUGGAUGGGAAGAGAAUAUACCGUUUUGCUGCAGCUCCCCUUUGAGAAGAACUGUGGGCAAGGGGACCUGAGUGUCAGCCUCAGCUUCUCAGGCCUGCAGACCCUGGUGGUGGGGAGCUCCCUGGAGCUCAAUGUGACAGUGACCGUGUGGAAUGAGGGUGAGGAUUCCUAUGGAACUGUGAUCAGCUUCUACUAUCCAGCAGGGCUGUCCUAUCGACGAGUGUUAAGAAUCUAGCAACCCCACCAGCGUCCCCUGCGCCUGGCAUGUGAGGCAGUGCCCACUGGGAAUGAGGGCCUGAGGAGCAGCAGCUGUAGCAUCAACCACCCCAUCUUCCAAGGGGGCACUAAGGGCACCUUCAUAGUCACAUUUGAUGUCUCCUACAAGGCCACCCUGGGAGAUAAGCUGCUUUUGAGGGCCAGUGCAAGCAGUGAAAAUAAUAAGCCUACAUCCAACAACACUACCUUCCAGCUGGAGCUCCCAGUGAAAUAUGCUGUCUACACAGUGAUCAGCAGUGAUCAGCUUGGACCUUCCUCCAAGCCUAGAAAUCCAGAGGUUUUUACCCCUGUCAUUCAGCUGGACUGCUCCACUGCUGCCUGCCUGAGGUUCUGCUGUGACAUCCCCUCCUUUGGCGUCCAGGAGGAACUUGACUUUAUUCUGAAGGGCAACCUCAGCUUCGGUUGGGCCAGCCAGACUUUGCAGAAGAAGACAUGUGUCGUGAGUGUGGCUGAAAUCAUUUUAAACAGAUCCAUGUAUUCCCAGCUUCAAGGACAGGAGGCAUUUUUGAGAGCCCAGGUGGAGAUGGUGCUAGAAGAGUAUGAGGUCUAUAACCCCAUCCCCCUCAUUGUGAGCAGCUCUGUGGGAGGACUGCUGCUGCUGGCUCUCAUCACAGCUACACUGUACAAGUGUGGCUUCUUCAAACAUCAAUACAAAGAAAUGAUGGGUGACAACCCUGAAGACACUGUCACAUUCAAUGGGGAGUAUCUCAGCGGUGAGGCCCCCAAUCAGCCUUUGUCCUAAGAAUCCACUUUCCCA